UUUCUCUUUUUACUCAUCUAAGCCCACAUGUCCGAGGAAAAAAGCAAAAAACCUGCUAACACUGCUUUCAAACAACAACGUCUUAAGGCUUGGCAACCUUUAUUAACACCAAAGACUGUAUUACCAACGCUUUUUGUAGCCGGUAUUUUUUUCUCUCCUUUGGGCGGUGUCUUCCUAUCCCAAAGCGACUCUGUUAAUGAGAUUAUUAUUGAUUAUACCGAAUGUAAAAACAAUAAUGGUAGCUUGCAAGUAUUAGAUGAUAGUUUAUAUUCAUAUAAAUUCACUAAAGAAGGAGAUGCCGCGCCUCGUAUCCCUUCUUAUAGAUUCACAAAAAAUCCUAUUGACGGUGAGCCCGGAAAUUGUACUAUCCGAUUCAACACCCCCAUCGACAUCAACGCACCCGUCUUUCUUUAUUACAGACUCACCAACUUUUAUCAAAACCAUCGUAAAUAUGUUAAAAGUCUUAGUUACAAUCAACUCCAUGGUGAUGUGAUCACUGCUCAGGAAGCAGCCAGUUCCUGUACGCCUGUCAGCACAAACACAGAUGGAAAAAUUUAUUAUCCUUGUGGUCUUAUUGCCAAUUCCAUGUUUAACGAUACCUUUCAUGUCUCUUUCGUAAACCCACCAGGCGGUCAAAGUAACACGACUCUAAAUUUUGAUGAGACAGGUAUUGCAUGGCCAGCAGACAAAGAUAGACUCGCUACCACGCAGAUGAAUCCUAAUGACAUUGUGCCACCACCUAAUUGGGCUAAGAAGUAUCCUAAUGGAUAUACAGAAAACAACAUUUUCAAACCUCAAUUGGAUGAGCACUUUCAAGUCUGGAUGAGAACAAGUUGGUACCCGACAUUUAGAAAAUUGUAUGCCGCCCAAAGAGAUUUCAAACUGGAUACUGGAAUUUAUGAAGUCACCGUGGUUCUUAAUUAUGAUAUUACUGCUUAUGGUGGCACCAAAUCCAUAGUUAUUUCCGGCACAUCUUUCUUGGGCGAUAGAAAUCCUUUCAUGGGUUUAGCUUGGAUUGUGAUGGGUUGUGUCUGUACGCUUUUAGGCGUCGUCUUUUUGGGCUGGCACUUUUUCAAGCCAAGAAAACUUGGUGAUCAUGAUCGUCUUUCUUGGCAACAAUCGUCUGGUCCAGGCCAAUAAAUUAUGCAUAAUAAACUAUUUACUUUUUAUAUUUAUAAAA